AUGGAAUCGCUAGAGCAAUUUGAUUGUGUUGUCAUUGGUGCUGGCCUGUACGGCUUGGCCGCUGCGAAGCAAUAUCACUGCACACAGCCAGGCGCUUCCCUUGUAAUCUUCGAUUCCCAGGCUUCUCUUGGGGGAACAUGGGCAAAUGAGCGGCUGUACCCGGACCUGAAGAGCAACAAUCUGGUGGGAACCUACGAGUUUCCUGAUUUCCCUUUGGACCGUGAGCAAUUUAGGGUAGACACAGGACAACAUAUUCCUGGGCAGGUUCUCAAUGCAUAUUUGACGGCCUAUGCCGAAAGAUUCGCAAUCAACUCGUUGAUACGAUUGAGUUCAAAGGUUCUAGAUGCUGAGCAUCAGGAAAGUGGCAGCGGGGGUUGGAUUCUAUCAGUCUCCAACGCAGACGAAACCGUAUACAAGGUAUAUGCUCGACGACUGAUUGUUGCCACUGGCUUAACCUCAGAGCCAAAUAUUCCACGAUUCGAUGGCCAAGAGGAUUUUGGAGGCAAGAUCUUUCACGGUAAACGAUUUCUCCAGAAUAGAGAGACACUGGAAACAGCGACGUCAGCUACGAUAUUCGGUGCCUCCAAACUCGCCUGGGAUGCUGUCUAUUCUUACGCCAAGGCCGGCGUCAAGGUUCAUUGGAUUGUUCGAGCUUCUGGUCAUGGACCGUGUUGGAUGUCUCCUUCUCACGUAACGCCGUUUAAGAUGUGGUUGGAGAAGCUAACAACCACCCGUAUUCUCACCUGGUUUAGUCCAUGCAUAUGGGGUAAUGCCGAUGGAUUUGGUUGGGUCCGUGGCUUUCUGCAUGGGACUUCCAUCGGUCGAGUUGUUACGAACGGCUUUUGGAAAAUGCUCGGAAAUGAUGUUUUAACCCUCAACGCCUACGACACUCACCCGGAAACAGCGAAACUGAAACCAUGGAUGCCAGCUAUGUUCACCUCAACCAGCCUUAGCAUCCUAAAUUACGAAACGGACUUCUUCGAGAUAGUAAGGAGCGGCAACGUCACCAUUCAUGUUGGUGAGAUUGAUCAUCUCAGCCCAAGCAAAGUACAUUUGUCCGACGGAAGUAGUUUUGAUUCAGACAUGAUACUGGCACACACAGGUUGGAAACAAACGCCACCGAUCAAAUUUCUCCCAAAAGGAAUUGAGAGACAUCUCGGAAUUCCUCUUUCCUCAGACAGCAAUCCACCUAUACAAGAGGAUAUUGAGAGGCUGCAAACUACUAUUGAGGAGGUGGAUGGGGAGAUUUUGUCACGCUUCCCACGUCUCCAGACACAGCCGCCAUGCUGUGAGAAGUAUAUCCCUCUCUCGACCGGAGACGAUACCGGAUCAGACUCCGAGAAAAGAACUCUUCCGCACCAUGACUCCCCAUCUUAUAUGCUAUCCCGAUUUAUGGUGCCAACAUCGGAGAAGUUUCUUCGUCAUCGCGACAUCGUCUUCGCUGGCAUGGUCAGCAGUAUUUGCAACUCAAUUACCGCGCACGUACAAGGUCUAUGGAUAAGUGCAUAUUUCUCUACACUUUUAAAGCAAGAUCCAGCCGCAAUUGUUGAUGACCCGACGGCGUUGCACCAGCUCCGGUACGAGACGGUCCUGCACAAUCGAUUUGGGAAGUGGCGAUACCCCCACGAUCUGGGUCUGGACCCGCGCCGGAAAGGUGGAAUUCUGUCUGAAGCAUUGAAGUCGUACGGCGUGGAGGAUUAUCGUGGCAUCAACGACGAGUGGUUGAGUGUGGUUGCUAAGCCGGACGCACAGUCUUGA